UCUGGCGGGAUAUUGAAUCAAGAACCGUAACUCUUGUUGGUUUAUCAUGUCAAACCAGUUAGUCUAGCAUAUCGAGUGGGUCUAUUCAUACGAUGGUGCACUUAUAAACUGUCAGAGGUACAACUGGUGUGUCUACCGGCUACGACUCCACAGGGAUCACUAGCUUCAGUGUGAUAAUGGCGAUUGAAUCGCCGGACUCGAAAUUUGAAGCAGACGACAGACAGCCUCGUUUUCAGGAUUUACUUUUUUGCAUUCUACCUGUAUUGUGAACUCGGAAGAGGAAUCGCAAAGUUUGGAAAGUUAUUGUGAUACUGUGUGAUUGUGAAUAUUCGUGAAAUAUGAAAAGGAAUACCCUCACUCGUCUAUUUUAUAUGACUCUGGGAUCAAUCUGGAUUACUUAUGCCACAGCUAAAAAAGACCCGUGCCAUGAAGGUCGGUACCGCGUCAUUGACGACUACCGCCGCUACAUCAACUACGUCACAGACGAGAAGGGGGACAAGCUGUGCGACAUCGGGCUGGACAUAGGCUGGUACAGAUUCAUGGUCAAUGGGUCUAACGCCGUCAUGGCCAGCAAGUGUGUACAGACAAACAGAUGUGGAACACAAGCACCGAUCUGGUUGGAUCUCGAAAAUGGUUUACCGGAACCAGGAAAACAAGUUUCCGGUCGCGCAUGCGCUUCUUGGUCCAGCCCGGGGACUGACCCAGACUGUUGUUUCUAUGCAUUUGAGGUUCAUGUGCAUAAUUGUGAAGAUUUCUUUUUGUAUAGACUUCAAUCUUCACUUGGAUGUGAUAUAGCAUAUUGUUUAGACUAUCAUAAAGUCACGUGUAAAAAAGGAGAAACAUAUGACAUAAAAAUUAAAAAGUGUAAUGCGCCAACACCUAUAUGUAAAAGCGGGGAGGUUUAUGACGAAGAUUCCGGAACAUGUGUUGGUCCUCAGCCUAUCCUCGCCCUACACAACUGUAAACAAGGACAGGUGUUUGACGAGGUCUUACAGCAAUGUGUUGUGUUGGUGGAUGCCCUCGAAUACCACCAGCCCGUCGUCAAGGUCGAGGUCAAGGACAACGUGGCGACCUUGACUUGUCUUCUUGAACUUCCCUACAAAGAUCUACCUGGGGUGACGUUCAGCUACUUGUGGUACAAGACCACGAAUUACGGCCAGGAGCUUAUCGUCCGAGGGGGCCAGGCACUCCACAGUCAAACAAUCAGACUUGGUCAAGAAGCUCGGAUAGGGGAAUCCGUUAUUUGCACUGUUAGUCUUGGGAAUGGUGCUCGACGUGGAGACACCAAUGUCGAAGUCCAGAGUGAACCCUACUUCCUGGGAUUAAAGAUAAAGGAGCACGAUCACGUUGUGAGGGAGGAUGGCAGGAACUACAACAUCUCCAUCGUAUCCACCGUGCCCAUCGUAUGUUCACCUGACACACCCAAGCAGGAGUGCAAGCUGGCCGUCAGCCUCCUCGUCUUUGGACAAAUUGGUCUGGAGAUGCCCCGCCUUCGACUGUCCACAUGCUACUUCGAGUUCAUGAGCAAGAACUGCAGCGACGGAGUGUGUGACCAGCAGGUGAUACAGAUGCGUCUCAUCCCCAACCUCCAGGACACGCCGAGCGGGACGGGGGCAACCAUUGCUGCUGUGGUCAACGACUUCGGUCAGAACGUGUGGCAGUCCAUUUCACUGGACACCCAGGUCAGGAUCGAGGACGUCCCAUUUGCCGAAUGCUUCAUCUUCAACGACCCUCAUGUAAUGACGUUUGAUGGAAAGUACUACAACCUGUACCAGCGAGGAACGUAUGUCUUCUAUUCAAACACUGAAAAGGAGUCCAAGGUACACGGCCGGGUGUGGGACUGUGGCGGCAAGGGCGGGUACUGUGUUUGUGGGGUGGUCAUCAAGCACAUGGGGGACAUGGCGACCGUGGACAUGUGCGACGGACAGAGUCCUAACGGCAGAGCAAAGGUCACCUUCCCACUACACGCCGUCAGCGAGGACAUCAAGAUCUACACCUCCCGCGACGACAGGGUGCUGACGGUGGUGUUCGCGGACGGAUUCAGGGUGCGAGUCAACAUGGAGGUGUGGGGAAUGUCUGUCGUCGUCAUGCUGCCAGGACAGGAAAUCCGUCGAAGUCGAGGUCUGUGUGGCUCCUUUGACGACGACUCAAACAACGACUUCCACGAUGGUAACGGCAACAUCAUUAAAGCCCCGGGAGACUACGAGGCAUCGCUUCAGUUUGUUAAACUCUGGAGGGUCAAUCCUGGAGAGAGUCUCUUCGACCUGCCCCCAGUGCAGUCUGAAUUUCCUCUAAUCGAAGCACAGUGUGAUUGCUCUCCAAACAAACAAGGAGAAAUAUGUCCCCUCACCUCAUCCUUCAAAGACAUCGUCCCGACAAUCCAUACCUCUGAAGAAAGCACCCUCGCUCUCUUCAAAGCCCAGUUUCCGGAAGUUGUGCACGGCAGUGACCAUGACAUUGACAGAAAAGGUCAUGGUUAUGACAGCUCCCUUCCUGGCCUCCCUCAGCGACAAUCAAGCAGGAAGAAGAGACAGGCACUCGAAAAUAUACCAACAUUUGAACUUGACGAAAGCUACGGAUCUCCGAUCGCCGUUAGUGAAGGGUAUUACUUUGCACCCGAUUACAACACAGAGCUCGGUGACCCGGAAGUGGCUCUUGAUUGGCCGUCCAAAUCCGGCAUUACUGAAGCGGAAGCCAGUAACGUAUGCGCACAAACCCUGUUUGAUAAUCCAUUAGCAUCGGCAUGUGGUGAAUAUCUUGGUGAAAAAUUACAACUUGCCUACGAUUAUUGCAUGACGGACAUUUUGAUAAAGGACGACAUAUCCUGGGCUCAGUAUGGUAUGCCUCUAUUGGAAAACCUGUGCGAAGCAAUUAUUCUGCGAGAGAUCCACGGAUUCUUGUAUCCAGGCGACGCUUUGCCACAAUGGCCGGCGGAACUGGUCAAUGCUUUCAACUGUCCAGAGGGCUGUAACCAUGGCAACUGCACCAGAUCGGGUUGUGUGUGUUUGCAGGGAUACAGGGGGAGAUCAUGCCUCGAAGAAAUAACUACAACCACAACAACUACUACGACGACCACUACAACACAACCAAGUACAACUACAACCACAACCACUACCACAACCACCACAACUACAACAAUUAUACCAACUACCACAACUACAACAACACCCACGACGACGGAGACGUUUGAGCUUUGCGACACUCGCAACACGGACUGCUCGGUGGUUUCCAUGGUCGUCCCUGCGACGUCGGACCGUCUACAGUGUAAAGUCACACCUGUCGCCAUCCUGGAUGGACACAAGCAGCCACUGACAGCACCCAUUGUAACACAGAGCGGAAGUGACACUGACGGCUUGCUGAAAUGUGUUCUUCCGCCAAUAGAAUCCCUCCGCCAGUUGUUUGUCUCCGAUUUACCCAUAGAGACACUGGUCAUUGAGGCUGUCAACAGCGACGGGGAGACUGUUUCAUCGAAGACCUUGACCCUACACGACUCCGUCUGUAGGGAUUGUGGUGUGGACGGUCGUCAAGGUUGUCAGGUCAAGCCUGGCUCCUGCUUUAUCGGCUACGAGUGCCACUCCGCCAUGGACCUCAACCCCGACGACCCCUGUCAGCAGUGUGUUGUCGGACUCAGACAGACAGCCUGGUCGCCAACAACAGACAACUAUCCUCCCGAGUUCCAAGGUCCCGAAAUGCCAACAGUUAUCUUCGCUGGUCAACAGGCCAGGGUACACAUCAAGGCCACUGACCCCGAGGGGUCAAAGGUAGUGUACAGAAUUAACCGCCCGGAUGCUUACAUCACCACUGAUGGCUACUUCCACUGGCGCUCAGAAACAAACACAGUCGAUGGCGGCCCGGCGAUGGAGGUGUUCGAGAUUACAGCAACAGACAACUGCAACAAAAUGUCGCAGACCACACUCGAGGUGGUUGUCUUGACAUGUGAGUGCCUCAACGGUGGUGCCUGUGUCAACCACACCUUCCUCAGGAACAAGGACAUCGACUACAGCUGCGUGUGCCCUUCAGGUUACACAGGAAAAAGGUGUCAGAUAAACGUGAACGAGUGCGCCUCCAAUCCUUGUGUCAACGGCAACUGCAUCGACGAGGUCAACAGCUACACGUGCAUCUGCGAUCCAGGUUACAAAGGGUUUUCCUGUGAGGUGAUAGACGACAUCUGCGCCACUGAGCCAUGUUUCCCGGGGGUGACCUGCUCUGGGAGGGGCAGCGUCUUCUCUUGCGGGCCCUGUCCCCCUGGACUCACUGGAGACGGGAAGACGUGCGGGGAAUUGGACGCAUGCGCACAACUACCUUGUUUCCCUGGGGUUGUGUGCACGGACCACCCAGCGCCGGAUAUCGGCUAUUCAUGUGGAGACUGUCCAAGGUUCUUCAGGGGUGACGGCAAAAGAUGUGGGAGAACAAAUGUGUUGGCGUGCGACAAGGAUGUGUGCUCCCCCGUCGUCGAUUGUGUGGAGACAGACUACUACCCCGGGUACACGUGCGGCCCGUGCCCGGACGGAUACAGGGGAAACGGAAGUGUGUGUGAACCUAUCUGUGAGCCUGCCUGUAGAGGGCGCCGUCAGUGUGUUGGACCCAACAGGUGUGAGUGUCCGAAGGGGUACACUGGGAGAAGAUGCAAUCUCCCCGUGUGCGUUCCAUACUGCCGGAAUGGUGGCGUGUGCUACGAGCCUAACAAGUGUCGGUGUUUCUCUGGGUACACUGGUGACCAGUGCGAGCAGAGCGUGUGCACCCCAGAGUGUCAGAAUGGCGGCCGAUGCUACACCAGGAACAGAUGCCUGUGUCCAUACGGUUUCACAGGACCAAGGUGUGAACUAUUGGCAUGUCGAAGGCCUUGUCAAAAUGGCGGAGUCUGUAUUGGGCCUGAGAGAUGUCGAUGUGAGAAAGGCUGGAAGGGACAAUAUUGUGAAAUUCCCAUGUGUUACCCGCCAUGUUUUAACGGAGGCACGUGCAUAAGACCACACGAGUGUGCAUGCCCACCAGGAUAUUCCGGUCGCUAUUGUCAGGAAGCCAUCUGUAUUCCGCCGUGCCUCCAUGGUGGCAAAUGUAAACGGUUUAACGUAUGCAAAUGUGGAUACGGUUACACAGGGGAGAGGUGUGAACGAGCUUCCUGUCGCCCUAAGUGUAUGAAUGGAGCCAGGUGCGUGGGUCCGGACCGGUGUUCCUGUCCCUCGGGCUGGACUGGGAGGCGGUGUGACAAAGCCGUGUGUCAUCUACCGUGCCAGAACGGAGGAGUGUGCUUCAAGCCAGACAUCUGCGUGUGUAGGCGGGGGUACGCCGGUGCCAGCUGUCAGAAACCAUUGUGUUGGCCACGAUGUCGUCACGGCGGCCGAUGCAUAGCCCCGCAGACAUGUCGCUGUAGACGAGGUUUCAGAGGGCGUUUCUGUCAACGGAGGCUCAGAUGGGGCAGGCGCAUAGAGUCCUAUAAUGGGAAAUCGUAUGUGAAAAUACGAAUGAUGUUGAAAUGCCUUGAUAAGAGCUGCGCAAAAUCCGCCAGUCGGAUGAAGACUGAAAAAACGCACCUCCCAAGCUACUUCAGAUAUUACUUCAGAUAACCUCACGUGAUGACGUGUCAGGAUGAAGUAACCUCGCAUGUCAUUGGUCGAAAAAUCUUCAGAGCACCAAUCGCAGUUGAAGUUGCUUGGGCGCGUCAUUUGAAAAUGACGUCUCUACUAAUUUCAAAGACACGCGAAGUUCCAGGCAUAUCCUGUACUAAUUCUAAUUCCAAACAAUGUUCAGAUUCUGUGUAUAUUUGGCACUACACUCAAGUGCCGUUUUUCAUUGUUAAUCUUUAAGGUGCUAUGUAUGUUCGGACAGUAUUAGAUAGUGUAUUGCCUCAAUAUUUAGCUUAUCAGGACGUAGAUCUGUGAACAUUAUGCUUGAGCUGUUAAUAUGUAUAUAAGAACUUCAGUCCACGUGUAUGUUUCGUGUUAUUACAUGUACUUUGAUUUGCCUCCCAAAAUAUGAAAGCGGGUCGUUCAGUCUACGGCGCCGCAACUCGCUUACAGAGUUACCUCCCUUCGCCGUGGUCUUGGCGUUUAAUAUCAGAUUCGCCUAAAUUGUAAUCCUUGAUUUGUAAACGCAGUACACGUGUUUGUGGUAUACGUCUAUAGUCUGUGUCUGUUUGGGGCUUUACUUUAACAUAAACUGGUAUAUUGUGAUACAACCGAAACACUUAUCAAAGGAGGCGAUUGGGUAGCCUUGUGAUUAAUGCUUUCCCUCGUCACGCCGAAGACCCGGGUUUGAAUCCCCACAUGGUUACAAUGUGUGAAGCCUGUUUCUGAUGUCCCCCGCCGUGAUAUUGCUGGAAUAUUGCUAAAAACGGCGUACGGUAAACUUAAAGAUGCUCAGUCAGUUAUUCCCAUUCAGCUCGUGAACAAAUUGCAAGUUAACACAAUUCUCGAAACAGUUUGAUUACACGUCCAAAUACCAUCUCCACUGUUUGAAACUCAAGUUUACCGUAUCACUCAAGCAGUUUAUUAAUAUCUCAACAAAAGCCUCAUCUUGUAGAUGAAGGCGCCGCGAUUCACUUGCGUCCCGUGUUUUUUAUCGUGAGUUCGAAUCCCGGAGUCUGUCGGUCUUUGUUUCUGGAUUCAUCACGACUGUACCAGUACUCGGGGGCAUCUUAGAGUGCAUCACAUGGACUUUCCUCCGAGAUGCUGUUCAAGGCGGCGUUAAACCACACUGGCUUGCUCUAGUGUACCACAGAGACAAUGCACCAGGUCCACACAAUUAGUUCAACCAACCCGGGGCGGCGGGGUAGCCUAGUGGUUAAAGCGUUCACUCGUCACGCCGAAGACCCGGUUUCUAUUCCCCACACGGGUACAAUGUGUGAAGCCAAUUUCUGGUGUCCCCCGCCGUGAUAUUGCUGGAAGAUUGCCAGCGGCGUAAAACCAUACUCACCCACUUAAUCAUUCAACCGAACUGGUAAUGAGCAAACCACGUUGGUACAUAGUACCUUUUCGAAAGUCUACCUGUGUAACCAAGCGUUAGUGUUAUAGUUGUUAUUGUUGUGUUAUAAAUGCGUGUAUUCCUAUGUCUUUGUACAAUAAUCAUAAUGCUAUGCAUCUGUCUUCUAUGUCAUUCCCGUUGAAUCAUCCAUACUUUAAAUACCAUAUUUCCUCUCAUAAGCGCCGGAUCUCUAAUAAGCGCCGGGGGUCAAGCAGCUCACUAACAAUUACGGUAAUUAGACCCAGUGAGCGCCGGGCCUCUAGUAAGCGCCGGGUCUGGAACUCCAUUGAAAAAAUAAGCAUCCAGGCGCUUAUUAGACGAUAUACGGUACAUCUGGUCGUCGCAGCAACAAUGAUAACCCAGCAGCAGUUGGUGAACUACUUGGUGGUGAUCCUCCAUGUCUUGUUUUGUAUAAUGUCAGGGAAUCUGUGGUGUUCUAUUCGCAUAAUGAUUUUACUCUUUGUCAGUUUUGAUGCACUUUCAAUUAAGUUACUGGUGCUGAACAUUUGCAUGUUGAUCUAGAACGUAGGAACGCCGAUUACGUUGACAAAAAUGGCAUUUUAAGAUUCAUUGUAAGUUCUUCUCAGAUUGGUUUUCGUUCUCAGAUUGAUACUUAUAGCUCUAGAGUUGUUUGAUGCACCUUCCAUCAAAUUCGACCUUUGAAAAUAAGUCGUAAUAAAACAUACCAGUAUAAGCGAUCUAGGGAACAUUUGGUUUGGACGGUAAUAUAUCUGCUGAAAACGAUCUGGAGAACUAUUUCAAAAUAUCGGUAUGUUUGAUUUUCUGUUUUAUGGUCUUUUUAAACUGUGAUAUAACUGAUUCAACCUCUCAAACGUACAAAUAUCAAUUUGAAAUAUUUUAUAUUCCUGUGCCUUGUCCCUUUCUCAAAAUUAUUACAAAAAUCUGCAUAGGUAAAACGGCAACAUCGUUACUGUGUUAGACAUUUGGUUUUUUAAAAAAGGAAGCUAUUGUGCUGAUUCGCUUAAUGGUACACAGCCUUAGUCAUUGUUUUUACAUGUUAGAAAACAUCAUAUUUUUGUUAGAAGAAUUAGGAGUCUAAUAAGUCGUUAUUUCUUGAAACCCAGUGUGUAUAUUUGCAUUCACACACUUGUAAAUGGAUUAAAAUUUAUUAAUUUAUAUAUGUGAUUAAAUUUUAUCUUUA